AUGGACAAAGUGUCAUUGUUGGAAGAAUUUAAAGUUUGGGAUAGCUAUGUAUGCAAAAAUGGAAAUAAAUUUUAUUUAUUCGGUGAAAAAUAUGUACACGCUUAUAAUUCUCGAACGAGUGAUCAAUUGUAUGAAAGGAUCCUAACAUGGGAUACAAAAUCAUAUAUAAAUAAAGCAUUUUGUAUGAUACCCAAUGAAGAGCGGUUUAUUGUCGCUAAUGAAAAGCGUAUUAUAAUGAUUGAAGAUGCUGAGGGUACCUUUAACAAGACCGGUCGAUUGCCAUUGAAUUCAUCUGACAAUGCAUUAGUGUCUGUUCGAUGUGUUGGUGACUAUGUAUUGUGUCUUGUAUUUGAUUCAGCAAAAGCUAGAGGUUCCAUUACUCUCUUGGCAUUGUACGAGCAUAUUGAAAUCUUACCAUUGUAUGUUUCCUACUAUUAUAACGGUGUCACUUCUCCGGAUACAUUCGAUUUAACACCCGAACAAAUUCUUUAUCUAUCAACAGAAGAUGGAAUAGUUUGGAUCUUAAAUAUUCAAAAAAUUUUAACCGAAAAAGGUCAACAAAAAAGUAUAUCACUUGAUAAUGAAUAUCAAUAUAAGAUUUGUGAUGAUAAGAUCGAAGAUUAUGUUGAAAAAUUACAAUGUAGACAAAACAAAAUAUUUAUUUCCUUUACUAAUAAUAUUAAAAUAUUUGAUACUAAUUUUCAGUUGUUAGAAACAUUAUCAAAUCAUAUGUCAGAUAUUGUCUGGUGUGUAAAUGAGACUAGUGAUGUUUUAGUCACAAUAAGGAACUAUAAUCAAUUUGAAAUGAUCAAACUUAAUGAACAUAAAACAGUAUCAAUUCAAUUUUUAUCCAACGUUCUUAAUGCUGAACUUAUAAAUACAAAGACAAUGCUCACUGAUGAAAGACAAUGUUAUCUACUCUUAUUAUUGGACGAUCAUAGUAUUCAGUUAUUAGAUAUAAACGGAUUAUCACAAAAUAGUUUAAUACCAGAUGGUUUAUAUACCAAAAUUAAAACAUUUUAUGUAAGUUUUUUACCUGUUAUAUUUACUUAGCGUUAGGGGAGGGAUGGGAGAAUAUUCUGUUUUGGAAUAUUGUCGAAAUUUUUUCCAAAAUUUCUCUAAACCUAGUUAUCUUUUAGCUUUUCGAAAAUAAUAAAAAUUAUCUAGCACCUUAUAUGCGUUUCUGAAACUUUUCAUCCUUUCGGCUUUCCAUCUUUUCAUUGUUUCAGGUAUUCAUCCUUUCCCCCUCCUAUUCACUGGGGGGCGCCCGCCCCCCGGCGGGGGGGGGGGGGGGGGGGGGGGGGGGGGGGGGGGGGGUGGGGGGGGGGGGGGGGGGG